CACUUCAUGAAAACAACAGAACGUCUAUCACUCUCGUGUGAAACGAUUUAUGUGUGCCGUAGAGUAGAGAUCAAACAUUGUUUUGCAAAAGCAAAAGAAACGAGAAAAAAAAUUAACGAAAAUAAUAAUAAAAAAACACAUACACAUUAACCGUAUAAUCCAUAAAACUGAGUUUACGAUUUAAUCGCGCGCUUACAGAUUUCUUUAUUUGAAUUGCGUUUUUUUUUGUUUUGAUCGCGUUCGUGUGAAGCUUUCAUUUAGAGAAUUUACGUGUGUGUCUUUUGAAAUUCGAUUCAAACAAAACGGCCAAUUCGUGAACGCAUUCAAUUGGACAAAAUUCGCUUGAAAUAUGAUGAUGAAUCAGUGUGUGACAAGCCGCACGCAUAUUCAAGCACCGACCAAAAUAUUUGAACAAAUGUAAAGGUGACAAACCCAUUGACACAUUAGUGCAACUGUUAUGACCCAAUGUGUAUGUGUGUGAAUAUUUCGAUAAAGAUAUUUAUUAUAUAAACGCUUAAAAAGUUGAACAAAUUUCAGUUGAACUUGUACAACACAAACAAACGAAAACGAAAGAGACGAAAAAUGCAUAUGUAAAGAAUUCAAAUAAAUUUAACGUGUAAAAAUUAACGAGCGAAUUAAUUGCAGUUUUGACGCAUUCAAUCAAUCUAAAAUUCCGUUUUUAUAAAAAGGUCAUCAUUUGCAACGCUAACACGCGCAACAACACACAUUUUUGAUCGAUUACGUAAAUGAUGAAUUUGUUUCUUCCAAUUCCAUGAACAAUACUGUCAACACAGAAAUAUAUAAUUAAAUCUCGUCGAUGUAAAUGCGAGAAAAAAGACGCAAAAGAGAAAUUAAAUUGAGCGCAAAUUCAAUUGCCAUUUCAAUAAACAGAGAAUCAAUCUGAAGUGUAAUCACGAGCUCAAAAACGUAUUGUGAUUGAAAAAUCAUUGCAGCGAAACGUUUCCCACCGUCUUGCACAAUUUAAACAAAUUGAACAUUGUAAAUUUUUGUGUUGAACAUUGUAAAGUCGAUCAAAAUAGAAAAUAACUGAACCAAACGACGACAAUUGUGGAAUAAAAUUGCCAGUUUCGUUGGAAAUUCGUCAAAAUAGCUCCGAAAAAUUUAUCUCAAAUGCAUCUGCCAACGGGACCAACGGCAGUUUAUCACCACUUGCCCAGUUCACCACCGCAAUCCGAUUGGAACUCAAACAUUACACAAAGCAGUAAAUCAACAAACGCCAUACUGGAUUCACAACAGCAACAGCAUUCCACAUCGGGAACAACAUCGCCACUGGGUUCGGCCACAUCAUCCCAAGAUCUCUGGUGGACCGAACGAUUAGUACUUGAAGCCCAGCAAGAAUUCCCAAAUGAAUUAGUUCGUACUGGUAGCCCAUAUAUUUUAUGUUCAGCAUUACCCCAGCACUGGCGAUCGAACAAAACUUUGCCGGUUGCAUUCAAAGUGGUCGCAUUGAGUGAUGUUGGUGAUGGUACAAUUGUCACAAUUCGGGCAGGAAACGACGACAACUGGUGCGGGGAAUUACGAAAUUGUACGGCCGUCAUGAAAAAUCAAGUAGCGAAAUUCAAUGACUUGCGAUUCGUUGGUCGUUCUGGAAGAGGAAAGAGUUUCUCAGUGACUAUAACAAUAUCAACCAGCCCCCCUCAGGUAGCCACAUACACGAAAGCUAUUAAAGUUACCGUUGACGGACCACGAGAACCACGCUCCAAAACAUGUUCGAAUAACACGCAUCCGUUCCGUGCGCUCGGAAUUGGUCAACGACCAUUUUUGGAUUCAUCAUUUAACAGCCAUUUACGCGAUUUAGAAUUUGUCCGAAGGAAAGCGCCAUCCAUUACAUCCAUUCCCGUUUCCAAUUCAAAUACAGCUGUUCAUUCAACAACAAAUGGUCUAAUCGCCUCCGAUUGCCAGGGAUACAAACCGAAUGCUCCACAAAUUCAAGAGAAUAAUUUAAUGGGCGCAGCUGAAUGGAUAGGUUAUACAAAUCCGAACUACACAACGUAUCCUACAAACGCAGCAUUGCCACAGCCGGCAACAACUACCGCAUCAACAUAUGGUGGCUAUGAGUCAAGCAACGGAAUGACCGAUCAUCACUCGAAUUUCCAUAUUCCAACAGUUAUUUCAGAGAUGCAAACGUUCUACUCUCCUGACUAUCAUUCAUCGAAUCAUUUAACGCCAGUUGUGAAUUCAUCAUCGUUGAUUCCAUCGUCGGGCAAUAGUCCGACCAAUACAAUUUCAAAUAAUUCCGGUUGUUUGACCAAAUUCAAUGACAUCGAUGCCUUAAAUUCGAGCUAUCCAUCGUAUAACAAUUGGUCAAAUGGCUACAAUAAUUAUCAGUAUGCAGCUCCAGCCGGUACUACGGCAGCAACCAUUCAAACACCAACCCAAACCCAAUAUCCACCAGCACCACAAGUUCCACAUGCAGCACCAGCAAUGCUCAUCUAUCCACAAGUUUAUUCGACGGUAAAUCAAAAUCAAAUUCAUCUGCAUUUACACGGCACCGAUAAAAUCGAACAGUACUUAAAUACAAAUGAAAAUGGCUUGAGCCUGAGCUCAGUUCGCAAUGCAAACACCGAAAUCGGUUUGAGCGGUGGCAAUGCAGAAAAUCAAAAUGUGAUAAUGGAGAAUGAUGAAACCGAUGCACAUCAUCAUCGAAACGAACACGAAACAGCCAAUCGAGAUGAGGAAGUCGGUGACCCAAGCAGUGUAUGGAGACCAUACUAAAUAGCAUUUAUAACGUUGAGGAAGAAACACUGAACAGUAGUGAGUGUUGUGAGUUAAUUCAAACAUAUUAAUGUUCAUAUUUAGACAAAGAAUAAAACGAGCAAACAAAAUAGAUGCGGCAACAAAUCGAUUGAUUACGAAAACUUCUCAAUUUCAUUUCUCUAUUAUUAUUAUUUUUAGCUAAGGUUAUUCUCAAUCAAAUAAAAAAGAAACAAAAGAUUAGAAAUACGACAUCAUAAAAUUAAAAAACGAAAUAAAAAUCUAAGCCGAACACAAUUGAAAUAAAUAUGAAAUAAGGAUUUAAGACUUGCAAAGCUAUUUAAAUUAUCAACACAGUUGUUUGUACGUUUAAGUUUGAACACAAAAUUAUUUUUUUUUAUUUCAUUACUAUUAUUGUCUCAUUCAUUUGCAUAUUGUUUAAGAAAUGAAACGAUCAAAAAAUUAUACACAUUAAUGUAGUUAAUACUUGAAAUAUAAAGUUUAAUUUAUCACACAUUCCCGACGAUGAUAGCUCCUUUUUUUGUAUACACAUCUCGC